GUAUUUUAAUACCGUUUACCUUAGUAAAUAUAUUGGUAGCUGAAUUAGAUGAAUAUACUAUAGAGGUUAUUAGAACAAAUCGACACAUCGAACUGGCAAGAAAAUACAUGCCGCUAUUAAUUGAAAAAUAUGUUCUUGGACCAUAUAAGAUGGAUAUCGGAAUACCUGAGAUAAACGAAGGAGAUUUUGAAGGUGUUACUCUCCAAGAUUUAGGAUGUGCAAGAAGAGUUAUCACUCUAGAAGCUAUUACAACUUUAAUCCGUUCUGUGUUAAGAAAGUUAAAAGAAGGAGAAGACGAUCAAAGUUUUACAAAAUUUUCCAAGAUUUGUCGUUUGAUAGGAGCGUUUAGAAGUAUAAAAUACCCAAGUUCAUACAUAGAUACGGCUGUUAUUAACGAUAGAGGAUUUUGUGUUGUAAUAUGUGUAGACAUAAGUUUUAACAUAUACAGAAACAUUGGAAGCAUAAUUUGGGAAGCAAAUCCA